AUGGUGGCUAGAACAAUUCUGGCAGCUUCAAAGAACGCAUUGGUAAGUUGGGAAAUUUGGGGUUUUUUGGAAAAAUUGGAAUUUUUUGAAGAAAAACUCGGGAACUCAAACCGAAGUAGUUUUGCUGCACAUCGGACAACCGUGGACCGAUUUCUAUGCCAAGGAAUUUUUGCUGCAACGAUCGCUGAGUUAUUAUAACUUGCCCGGGUUUGCGAAAUGGUGAAUAUUCAAUUUUUCAUUGAAAAAUAUCAAAAUUCCCUCCUUUUGCAGCCUAAUUCCCUCUCAAAUUCUGACAAAUUCUCGAAUUUCCGAUUGUAUAUCUGAAUAUGGAAAAGUGCCAAGUAUCGAGCAACAAAUCCAAAAACUCUCCGAAAAUCUCGAAACCUCUUUAUCCACUCUGGUUCCUGAAUUUGGACCCUUCAAAGUCUCGCAAAUUUUCAAAUUUGGCCAAAAAAAUUUGGAUGAAAAGUUUGACGAGAUUAAAAAGUAAGAGAAAAUGUGUAGUUUUACUCUGGAAAUGAAAAUUUGACCUAUUUUUUGCCAGAAAAAACCGGCCAAAUCGCUUCAUUUUCUUGCCACUUUACCCGCAUUUUUAUGGCGCUGAAAGUGGUCAACUUUUGACUGAAAUUGCUGAAAAUAUCCGGAAAUCGUCGAUUUCCAGUGUUGAAAAUAGUAGUAACCGCGAAAUUCAAAAAUCGCGAAUUGAACAGAAUUCGGAUUAUUCGUAUGAUGUUUCGGCGAUUCAUAGAUGGGCCGAACAUCCGAUUUUGGCUGAGGUAUGCGUGAUUUUUGGCUGAAAAUUUGAUUUUCAGAUGAGUUUUGAUAUAAAAAUCAUGAAAAUUCACCUAGAAAUACCCAAAAAUCUGGAAAAUUCGCUGAAAAUCUCUUUUUCCAGUAUUGGGCGUCGAAAAUUCGAGAAGAAGCUUCGAAAUUGGAUGGAAUUGUGUUUGCGGUGCCAAGAAAGGUGAGAGAUUAUGAGGUUUUGGGAGGGUGCAGAGAAUCAGAGAAAUCUAGAGAGUGUAGGGAUUUGAGAGACCACAGAAAGUUAGAGAAAGCUAGAGAGUGUAGGGAUUUGAGAGAGCGCAGAGAAACAGUGGAGCUAGAGAGUGUAGGGAUUUGAGAGAGUAUAGAGAGUCAGAGAAAUAUAGAGAUCACAUUAGUUUGAGAGAGUCCAGAGAAAUCAAGAGAGCAGAAGUGUAUGGGGUUUGAGAGAGUGCAGAGAAUUGGAGAAAUUAGAGAGUGUAGAGAUUUGAGAGAGCGCAGAGAAAUCAAGAAGCUAGAGAGCACAAAAUCUUGAGAGAGUAUAGAGAAUCAGAGAAAUACAGAGAUCAAGUUUGUUUGAGAGAGUUCAGAGUAAUCAGAUAGCUAGAGAGUGUAGGGAUUUGAGAGAGCGCAGAGAAACCAAGAAGCUAGAGAGCACAGUAUCUUGAGAGACUAUAGAGAAACAGAGAGCCAGAGAGUGUAGGAGUUUGAGAGAGUGCAGAGAAUCAGAUAGCCAGAGAGUGUAGGGAUUUGAGAGAGCGCAGAGAAACAAAGAAGCUAGAGAGCACAUAAUCUUGAGAGAGUAUAGAGAAUCAGAGAAAUAUAGAGAUCACACUAGUUUGAGAGAGUCUAGAGAAACAAAGAGCUAGAGAGUGUAGGGAUUUGAGAGAGGGCAGAGAAACCAAGAAGCUAGAGAACAGAGUAUAUCGAGAGAGUGCAGAGAAUCAGAGAGCCAGAGAGUGUAGGAGUUUGAGAGAGUCCAGAGAAUCAGAGAGCUAUAGAGUGUAGGGAUUUGAGAGAGUCCAGAGAAACCAAGAAGCUAGAGAGCACAUAAUCUUGAGAGAUUAUAGAGAAUUAGAAAAAUAUAGAGAUCACGUCAGUUCGAGAGAGUCCAGAGAAAUCAAGAGAGCACAGUAUCUCGAGAGACCACAGAAGAUUAGAGAAAGCUAGAGAGUAUGAGAUAUUGAGAGAGUCCAGAGAAGCCAGGGUCCCUAGAGAGCACAUAGACUUGAGAGAGUCCAGACAUCUCUGCCAAAAAUUAGAGAAAACUAGAGAGUACAACAUUUUGAGAGAGUCCAGAGAAGCCAGGGUCCUAGAGAGUACAUUAUCUUCUGAAACCUACAGUAUCCCUAGAGACUCCAGACAACCAGACACUCUUCCCCCUUCUUCUCUAACCUACAGUAUCCCUUGCAGUUCGGCUACGAUCCUCAAUCUUUCGAUCGUGCAGUUUGGUCAACUUGUGAUCGUGUCUCAUCUCAACUUUUAUCAAAUUCCCUACCGUAUCGAAUUGGAUACUAUAAUUCAUGGGAUUCUUGGAAUCGCCCGAUUUUCGGAAUCCGAAGCUCCGCCCAAAAAAGUGUGCGACAACAAAGAAAUGCGUUUGGAGAACAGGCGAGAAUUGGAAUUGUACCAAUCACUGAAGUCCUGCAGACUUUUGAUACUUUGACGAUUUUACCCAAAUUGGUUGAGGAAUUGGUGAGUUCUGAUGGUGUUUAUUGGAUUUUUCACGAAAUUUGGCGAUUUUUGACACCCAUAUUGAUAUGGUUUGGUGAAUUUUGAAAAAAUGCACCAUUUUGACACCAAAAUUUUUCAGCCUGAAAGUUCUAGAAGGUUUGAUGAGUUCUAGUAGUGUUUUUUGAAUUUUUCACGAGAUUUGGUGAUUUUUGACACCCAUAUUGAUAUGGUUUAGUGAAUUUUGAAUUUUGGCGCCAAAAUUGGUGCAAUUUUUCAAAUUCCACCAAACCAUAUCAAUAUGGGUCUCAAAAUUCUCAAAAAAUCACCAGGAAUUCAAAAAUCACUAUAAAAACUGUGGAAAAUCCAUAGAACUUUCAGAAUUAAAAAUAAUUUUUUCGAAAUUGUCGUUCUGAGAGUUCUGGGAGGUUUUAUGAGUUUUAACCUCGGUGUUCGGGUUUUUCAUAAAAUUUGAUGAUUUUUGACACCCAUAUUGAUAUAGUUUGGUGAAUUUUGAAAAUUUGCACCAUUUUGACACCAAAAUUCAAAAUUCGCCAAACUAUAUCAAUAUGGGUCUCAAAAUGCUCAGAAAACCACCAGGAAUUCGAAAAUCACUAUAAAAACUGUGCAAAAUCCACAGAACUUUCAGAAUGAAAAAUAAUUUUUUUUUGAAAUUUUCGGCCUGAAAGUUCCAGAAGGUUUCAUGAGUUCUAGAAGUGUUUUUUGGGUUUUUCAUGAAAUUUGACGAUUUUUUACACCCAUAUUGAUAUAGUUUGGUGAAUUUUUAAAAGUUGCACCAUUUUGACACCAAAAUUUAAAAAAUUCACCAAACCAUAUCAAUAUGGGUCUCAAAAAUCGCCAAAUUUCAUGAAAAAUUCGAAAAACACUGUGAGAAUUCAUGAAAUUCUCUAGAACUUUCAGAAUGAAAAUAAUUUUUUUUUGAAAUUUUCGGCCUGAAAGUUCCAGAAGUGUUUUUUGGGUUUUCCAUGAAAUUUGACGAUUUUUGACACCCAUAUUGAUAUGAUUUGGUGAAUUUUGAAUUUUAACGCCAAAAUUGGUGCAACUUUUCAAAAUUCACCAAAACAUAUCAAUAUGGAUCUCAAAAUGCUCAGAAAAUCACCAGGAAUUCGAAAAUCCCCAUUUGCAGGCUCCAAAAACGCACCUGUUCCAUCCCGAUCCAUCACAUCCUCGUCUGGCUCAAGGUCUUUCCGAACUUCUCAAAUCUCAUUUAUUGGGUCGACCGAAUCGCCAACUCGAAAUCGUCGCAAAUCAAUCGAUUUUUUGGCGAAAAAACGAUGAGGCUUUGCGAAUUUUUUAUCAAUAG